AUGGCAAUGGCUUUUUCUCUUAGAGUGUUGUUAGUGGCCAUUGCUGUGGUUGCAAUGACUGCAAAUAUUUGCUGUGCAACAGAUUACAAUGUUGGAGACUCAGCUGGAUGGAAUACUGGUGUUGAUUACACUGCUUGGGCUAAGGGCAAGACUUUCAAAGUUGGUGACACACUUGUGUUCAAGUAUCCGGUUGGAGCUCACAACGUGAUUGAAGUGAAUAAGGGUGAGUUCGAAGGCUGCAAAGCGACUCAAGGCGUGCCUUUGACGAGUGGAAAUGACAGAGUGCCGUUGAGGAGUUCUGGACCUAAAUACUUUAUUUGUGGUGUUGCUGGUCAUUGUGAUUUGGGUCAAAAACUGACUAUUACUGUUUCUUAA